AUGCGGCCUUUAUCACCAACUCUUGCCUCUCUCGCAAGAGUCUUUCGCAUUCCCAUGUCGCUAGCUCCAGUGCGCCCGAGCGCUUCUCGCAUGUGCCAGGAAGUCCUGGCCAAGCGGACACCACAGCCUGGGGCCGUUCUGUCCGCCGUGCAAUCCGCGCCAUUCUCAACGACUCGCACUCUCGAGGCUCGGAAGAAGCAAGGUCCCAAUGUGGACAAGCGAAUCACUCUGAUCCGCUACUUCCUUUACCACCCCCUCACACCGCGUCCUCUCCGCUUCUCUCGCAACCGCUACCUCCGUCACUGGACCAUCCACCGUGCUUGGCAAUUGUUCCAGGCCAAGCAGCGUCGGGCACACGAGCUCGAGCUGGAGCGCCAGUAUCAGAGCAUGCAGGCUGCCUGUGAGGAGCUUCGGACCGGCGCUGGCGAUGGAGGACGGCUAUUCCGCAAGUCGAUGAUCAAGAAGGGUAUUUUCACGGAUAUGUUCCCUAUCGAGUACGGUCGUAUGCAGACUGAGUAUCCCUCGGCUGAAGGGUGGAAUCAUGAUUGGAAGCGUCCUGAAAAGAGGGAGCGGUGA